UUUCAUUCAGCUCCUGAUCAAAGAUGGAUCUGCAAAUCUCAGUUUUUCUUCUGUUCGUUCUCUUCACUGCAGGACACUCUCUCAGCUGUUAUGAGUGCACGGGUUCUUGUGCGGUUCAAAAGGUAAAAACAUGUCUCAGGGGAUCUUCCAAGUGCAUGAGUUCAACAACAGCAACACAAUUUGGUGAAAUCAGUGCUAAAGUGAAGAUUAAAGAUUGCGCUGCUGACUGUGCAAGUGGAUUCAUGAACAUUGGCAUUGGAAAGACAUUUUUAGCGUGCUGUAACGUCAAAGAUGCUGCAGAUCCCCCCAAUGGAAAGAAAUGUUACUAUUGUGAUGGACAGAGCUGCUCAAACAUAUUGAGUUGUUCAGGGAGUGAAGAUCGCUGCUUUAAAGCAACAGGGACUUUCGAGGGCCAGUCAACAGUCGUAAAAGGCUGUCUCUCUAAAUCUAUUUGUGAUGCUGCUACAUCAGUUGGUGAUGUUCAGGGCGUCUCGUGUUGUUCGGGGAACCUGUGUAACGGCGCUCAGAGUGUCACUCAGAGCUUCCUGUUCCUCUGCUGUUCUCUGCUCUCCUUCAUCCUGCUGCACUGAAUCCAGCAGCUCUACACAUUCUACAAUAUGAUCAUGCUGUACAGAUAUAGAGCUU